AUGUCGGCUUUCAAGGAUAUGCUGUAUUCAGCUCAGGACCAGGCACCUUCUGUGGAAGUUACAGAUGAGGACACAGUUAAGAGGUAUUUUGCCAAAUUUGAAGAAAAAUUUUUCCAAACCUGUGAAAAGGAACUUGCCAAAAUCAACACGUUUUAUUCAGAGAAGCUCGCAGAGGCUCAGCGCAGGUUUGCUACACUUCAGAAUGAGCUUCAGUCAUCACUGGAUGCACAGAAAGAAAGCACUGGUGUUACUACGCUGCGACAACGCAGAAAGCCCGUCUUCCACCUGUCCCAUGAGGAACGUGUCCAACACAGAAAUAUUAAAGACCUUAAACUGGCCUUCAGUGAGUUCUACCUCAGUCUUAUCCUGCUGCAGAACUAUCAGAAUCUGAAUUUUACAGGGUUUCGAAAAAUCCUUAAAAAGCAUGACAAGAUCCUGGAAACGUCUCGUGGAGCAGAUUGGCGAGUUGCUCAUGUAGAAGUGGCCCCAUUUUAUAUAUGCAAGAAAAUCAACCAGCUCAUCUCUGAAACUGAGGCCGUAGUAACCAAUGAACUUGAAGAUGGUGACAGACAAAAGGCUAUGAAGCGUUUACGUGUCCCCCCUUUGGGAGCUGCUCAGCCUGCACCAGCAUGGACUACUUUUAGAGUUGGUCUAUUUUGCGGAAUAUUCAUUGUACUAAAUAUUACCCUUGUGCUUGCAGCUGUAUUUAAACUUGAAACAGAUAGAAGUAUAUGGCCCCUGAUAAGAAUCUAUCGGGGUGGCUUUCUUCUGAUUGAAUUCCUUUUUCUGCUGGGCAUCAACACAUAUGGCUGGAGACAGGCUGGAGUAAAUCAUGUACUCAUCUUUGAACUUAAUCCGAGAAGCAAUUUGUCUCAUCAGCAUCUCUUUGAGAUUGCUGGAUUCCUGGGGAUACUGUGGUGCCUGAGCCUUCUGGCAUGCUUCUUUGCUCCAAUUAGUGUCAUCCCCACAUAUGUGUAUCCACUUGUCCUUUAUGGAUUUAUGGCUUUUUUUCUUAUCAACCCCACGAAAACUUUCUAUUAUAAAUCCCGAUUUUGGCUGCUUAAAUUGCUGUUUCGAGUAUUUACAGCUCCCUUCCAUAAAGUAGGCUUUGCUGAUUUCUGGCUGGCCGAUCAGCUGAACAGCCUAUCAGUGAUACUAAUGGACUUGGAAUAUAUGAUCUGCUUCUACAGUUUUGAGCUCAAAUGGGAUGAAAGUAAGGGCCUGUUGCCAAAUGAUCCAGAAGAACCAGAAAUUUGCCACAAAUACUCAUAUGGUGUGCGAGCCGUUGUUCAGUGCAUCCCUGCUUGGCUUCGCUUCAUCCAGUGCCUGCGCAGAUACCGAGACACAAAAAGGGCCUUUCCUCACUUAGUUAAUGCUGGCAAAUACUCCACAACUUUCUUCACGGUGACGUUUGCAGCCCUUUACAGCACUCACAAAGAACGAAAUCACUCAGAUACUGUAGUGUUCUUUUACCUGUGGAUCGUCUUUUGUAUCAUCAGUUCCUGCUAUACCCUGAUUUGGGAUCUAAAGAUGGACUGGGGUCUCUUUGAUAAGAAUGCUGGAGAAAACACUUUCCUCCGGGAAGAGAUUGUGUAUCCUCAAAAAGCCUACUACUACUGUGCCAUCGUAGAAGAUGUGAUACUACGCUUUGCUUGGACUGUCCAAAUCUCAAUUACCUCUAUGACUGCAUUGCCUCAUUCUGGGGACAUCAUUGCUACUGUCUUUGCCCCUCUUGAGGUUUUCCGGCGAUUUGUUUGGAACUUCUUCCGCCUGGAGAACGAACAUCUAAAUAACUGUGGUGAAUUUCGUGCUGUACGGGACAUCUCUGUGGCUCCCCUGAACGCAGAUGAUCAGACACUCCUAGAGCAGAUGAUGGACCAGGAUGAUGGGGUACGAAACCGCCAGAAGAAUCGGUCCUGGAAGUACAAUCAGAGCAUAUCCCUGCGCCGGCCUCGCCUCACUUCUCAAUCCAAGGCUCGUGACACUAAGGUAUUGAUAGAAGACACAGAUGAUGAAGCUAACACUUGAAUUCUCUGAAGUCUAGAUUCAUACCCUUGGUUUUCCUACUCUACAAUUCUUUCCUUGACCAACGCAACCUCUAGUACCUUUUUCCAGCUGAAAACAGGAGAAAACUCAUAACACAUUUUCCGAGCUCUUCCAGAUCGGAUCCUAUGGACUCCAAACAAGCUCACUGUGUUUCUUUUCUUUUCUUCUGGUUUAAUUUUAAUCUUCUAUUUUUAAAACAAAUAUUACAUCAUUUUGCCAAUCAGAGGACAUUUUAAGGACAAAAACAUAGUAUCUAUGGAUUGUUCAAAAUCACAAGGACACAGAUACCUAUCAGGAUGAAGAACAGGCUUUGCAAAGACCCUCUGAUGGGACAGUACCGAGAUGUCUCGGCCUCCGUUUGGCCCGGUUUUGACUGGUUAAAACCGGACAUUGAUUUUUAAAUUUUCGUCAGUUUAUGUGGAGAAUUUUUUCCUUUCCUUCAUACCUAGCGCAAAGGCACUGGCCGCACUUGCAGGAAAAGUGCAACUUACAGCAGUACCUUCAUUCACGAAGCUACUUUUUAAUUUGAUGUAACUUUUCUUAUUUUGGGGAGGGUUGCUGGGUGGGAGGGAAAUAUGAUGUAUUUGUUACAUAAAGUUUUCUCAUUAUUUAUGAAGCUUAACCAUAAACGAAUGAUAUAACUCCUGUGCAAUGAAGGUGAUAACAGUGAAGGAAGACAGGGGAAACUAAUACUGGAUGACACUUACAAGAGUCAGUCCCACGUACCUCUUUCAGGAGACAACUUGCACCAGUUUGACUUUUUCUUUGCUUUGCUUUUAAUUUUAAGCCAAAGUUUUAUUACUAAAUUUUAAGUUGCUGCUGCUUUAGAAUCCUGAGCCUCUCUCCCAUAGCAAGGCAUCCCACACAUUUCCUUACCACUGGUUGAAAUUUACAUAAGGGGUUCUGAUACUUUUUUUUUCUGAACAGACAUGGAAUACAUUUGCCCAUAUUCCAACCAUAGCAACUGAAGUUAUGUCUUAUUAUGCCUCAACAUGUAGGGUAACUGUAGUGUAAUCUUUGCUAGCUCUGAAUUGGAAGACAGAGCCACUUCAGAGACCCUUCACAAUCUUAUUAGUUUUUUCUUCUGGUCUCAUCCUUUUAGCCAGAAUUUGAUUGAAUUAAAAGUUCUUUGUAAUGAAACCAUAUUUUUGAGCACAGAGAACAAAUUAUCUUUCCUCUUUCAUAUUACAUUGAUACAAAAGACCUUGGCAACCAUUUUUCUGAACACUUUAAAAAGGUGAACAUUGAAUUUCAUGCUCUCCCAUAAUAGAAACCUGCUUUUAAAUUUGGGUGGGGGGGGUGUCUAAAUCUGGUUAUAUACAAGAAAUAUAUUUCUCAGAAAGUUAAGAUUAAUAAUGGUCUGUGUGCAAUGACCAUUUUACUUUUGUCUUGUUCAUUCCCUUCCGAAAUUCCCUUGAUUCACCAGAAAACCGUAAGGCAUUUUAUUUUCCUGAAUAGAACUGGGAUUAAAUUUAAUGUUUUAGGACUGGCAAUGUAAUUCUGAGAGUUAAAAAAAAAUUAUUUAACAGUUAAUAUAAAAUUAAUAUGAAAAGCUUAUAUAAAUACCAGGAAGAAGUAAAGUUUUAAACAACCCCCCCCAGCCUCAGAUGGCGAUUACAAAGGCUUAAUUUUAGACAAAGGAUCUAAUUAGAAGGCAGCUAUUGAUAUUUACAUUGUCUUAAAAAUAUGUAGUUAAUUGCCCUUUUAUUCACUACUUUUGCAUUCAGCUCUUCCCUACAUGUCAUAAAUUUUUAUUGAUCCCUGUCGUAAUUCUAGUAAAUUGUAUUAAAGUUGCUUUUAAUACCAAACUUCUGCCAAUUAACUGACAAAUAGUUUCUUUAAAAAGGAGUUUCUUUCUUCUUUAGUCUGUAAACUUCCAAAGUAUGUUCUCUUUCUGAAUCAAGACUACUUUUUUCCUAAAAAAUCAUACAACUUUGUGGCUGCUAUUGUUUUUUUGUGUUUUACCAAGCGUGCCCCUUGUCCCAAAACUGAAGAGAAAAAUUUGUUUUUUUAAACUUUAAAUAAAUUGAAAUAUAAUAAUCAGUGGUAACAAUUUAGUGUCCCUUGGUAGAUUAAAGUUUGCACUAUUUUUACUUAGGAUUUUUUCCCCUAACUAUUCUAUUUUUUGUACUUUAAUACAUAGCGGAAAUAUCACUGGUCUGUCAAGCAAUAGCAACAGUUAUUACUGAGCAUAUAGAGAAUGAUCAGUGAUCAGUCAUUUCUUAUACAAAUAAAAUUGGUAGUGUUAAUGCAUAUCCAAAGCCAUUGAGUUGUCAGUUUCAUUCUCUUAGCAAAUCUAUAUGAUCACACACACACACAAUUUUACAGCUAAUUUCUUAUAUUUCAACUCCCCAAUAUUUUCACUGAAGUGUAUCCUAUGACCAGGUUGGUCUUUCUCUAUUAUGAUUCUAGGCCCUAGUCAGUAUUAUUUUUUCAUAGAUAAUACUAUGAUAGAAUGUAUUAUUCUUCUGAUAUGUUUGUGCUAUUGGCAUAGUCUAUUAAAAAAUAAGACUUGUGUAAAUUUCCACUUACUGUGACAGAUACUCAACUAUAUAUUUAAACAUACAGCUUUACAUAAAGAGAAAGGAGGGUUUUUUCCUCAUCAAGAAAGCUUGGGAGACAAGUAUAUAUUUAAAUUCUUUCCUUCAAAAUAGGCAAUGUGCAUUUUUCACUUCUCAAUUUUAUAUGCCCUAGCAGUUGUGAACGCUAUCUCCUACCUAAAAUUUUACUGGAAACUCGUACACUAAUACUCUCAAAAGAACUCUUGAGAGGUUAGUAGGACAGUCAUUUUACAGUCUAACCAAAGAUAAACAUUUCUUCUCAUUUUAGGUUUAGAAAUUCUAGUUUUUAUUUGAAAAGCACUCAGUUUUAAUAUCAGUUAAACAUACUUCCCUAGAGGAGUGAAAAGAAAGUACAAAUUCAUUUUUUAUUUUAUGAUAGUAUUAAAAGCAUUGCUAUACAUAGAGAAAUUAGAAAACAAAAGAGAGUGGUUUUUUGCUACGCACAAAAGAGUGUCUAUAUUUAAGUCUGCCUGUACCAUUACAGAGAAUAAUAGGUGAAGUUCUUGUCAUACACAAAGAAUGAGAUGAUCAAAGAUCAAGUCAUUAAUGAGGUUAUAAAGGGUCAUUUCUUCUCUAGAAAGAAGCCGAAAACCCACAUGCAGCUUUUUUUCCAGCACUUAACCAUUAGACUGUGUAGAGGAACUGUCUAACUUCAGAUUCAGAAGCAGUGGUGUGAGAGGAGAGUGCCAGUACCUCAGCAAUAACUUGCACAAACCCUUGAAGAAAGAGAGGUCAGGCUCUUAGGAUCCAUUACUCCCAGUAUUCAAAGGUGAAAUUUUUGUUUUAACUGACUUCUUACUAGAAGUAAUUUUUUUUUUUUUUUGUACCAGGAAUCAAACUCAGGGUCUCAAAAUUGCCAGGCAGGUACUGCGCCACCGAGCUAGGAGUAAUUUAUUGAUACAUGGUAUCUUUACACAAUGAUUUAGCCAAAGUUAAACAACUAGAAAAGGAGUUCAUUUCUGAAUAGAUAAGCCAAGUCAAAGUAAGAAUAGAAAAAAAUAACUUAGCACUGAUUCAUACAAGUAGCACACUAACAGACAUUUACUUGGAGAGCAGAUAAUUUUGAAGCUCAUGGAGAAGAGCCAGAAGAUGCUGGACCUCGGCCGCCGAAGCAAGUCAUUAGGAAGGCAUGUGAGCUUGAAGACACGCAGGUGAUGCCUCUCCGUCCAUCAGUGGUUAUUCUGUUGCUGGGAAGAGCUGCCUUCAUUUUCCUAUCAUUUUCCCCACUACUUUGCAUUAUUCAGGAAACAGUUCUUUAUUUCCAAAUGCAAUUUUCUAAGCAGUGACUCAAAAAAUUUCUUAUUCUAAGGAAAAUAAUUUAGAAAAUGACCAUAUCUGUAGUAUUGUUUUACUUAAAAAUGUUGAGUUCUCCGAAGUGAUUACACUAAUUUGAUAAACAGGUUUCAGGUUAUUGCUCUUGUAAUCGUCAGCAUAAAAUUUGCCUAACUCAAAAAAUAAGUAUUUGUUAUAUAAUGUAUUUCAAUUUUUAAAAUUAACAUAGCUUCUUAGAUUAAAAAAUAAUCUUAUUGAAUCUGCAGCUCUCUCUUAUACAGAAAUCACUGUACUUUUUUCAAAUAAGAAGCCAGCAUCAUUACAGCAGAUCUGUAGUGACCUGUGAGAAUAGAAGUUCUGGUCAAACUUUGGGAAAAGUUAGGUAGAGAAGAAGAAACCACUUUUAUCACCUUAGUUCAUUUCUGACCUGAUUGAUUUAAAAUAAUUUUUUUGCUUGUUGUAAUUAGUUAAAGCAAGGAAAGUAUAAGAUUUUUAAAAUAUAUAUAUAUAUUUCUCCAUUACAAAUAUCAGUCAAUACUAAAUCUUAAAAUCUCCCAACUUUUCUACAUUGUAAAUCUAUACAAUGUUACACUUGGUAGUUAGCAAUAGAGUUCAUUUUAUUGUAGCGUAAGAAAUGUAUGCUUUUUGGUGUUACAAAUCAACAAACUAAUCAGCAUUAAUCGCACUCAGCUCACCAAAAGUAAAAUCUCACUAAAUUUGGAAAAGCUAAGUUAAUCAGUGGGAGAAUUUUACCUGGGAUGAAGAAAAGCCUGCUGCUUGAUACGGCUCAUGAUGCCUUUCUUGCAUGAAUUAUCAAAACACACCAAGUUGCCCUCAGAAACAACUUUCUGAAAUAUAUUUUCUUAAUUCCUGGUGAAAGAGGAAGUGAAAGGGACAAAACGAGUUUCCCCUGAAAAGAGGAGCAUCAUUAUACUAAUUUUUAACUGAAAUAUGUUGCUUUGUAGCAGACCUGUGGUUUAUUUUAUCAUUAAAUCAAUCCUACCUUUAGUUUUUUUUCUCUCUCUUUUUUUUUUUUUUUUUUUUUUGGUAUGGUGCCAUCAACCUAAGGACAAUCAACCAACCUAUUGUUUGCCUUGAAUUCAGUAUGUCCGUUAAUUACAGUUGCAUCUUGUAUACCUUCAAGCCAGUUAUGUGACUAAACUUCCACUAUAUCCCUUUCCUCUAGAGGAACUACACAUACCAGAGGACAGAUUGCAGUACUACUAGAAAAAUGUGGACUUCAAAGAGCAAGGAUUCCAUCUCACUAUCCCUUGAUCAUUACCUUUGAAGUCCCUACCUACACUUUCCUGUUUGUCUGUAGCCACACCAGCAUGGCAGAAAUAGGGAGAAAGAUUGUAAGAAAUCCCUGAAGAGUAAUGAUUCAUGACAUUGUUUUGAAGUGUAAAGUAAAACUGUGAGCCACUCACAUUUCAGCUGCAAAAAGAACAAAACUCUUAAAGAUUUAUCGCGUUGUGAAGAUUGAUUUCCUGCCAUUUUCUGUGUUAGCACAGACGUUUGUAUCAUCGAAGAGUAUUUAGGAGGGAAAUAGGGUGAAAAAUGUAUUUUUAUUUUUAAACUCUGUCCCUGUGGUUGUGUUUCUUUCACACACCCUGCCUCCUGCACACCGUGUUGGUCAAAUGAUACUGUUCUAUGAAAUCCUGAACUAUAGUUGUCAAAAAUAACUAUGGAUUGUGAUUAGUCCCCUGUGGGUGCUUCUUUCUUUCCCUCUUUUUUCUCCCUUGCUUUCUUUCUUACUCUCCACUCUGGUAAAUGGAAAAGGUGACGUCAAAGAAUUGAUGCUUGCUUGGACUCAUGUUGUAUCUGUGACUAUGCUAUUAGCUGUCUCCUUUUUCCUUCUUAUAUGGGUAGUAUUCUUAUGACAUGUGGAGUUCCCUUCUUGAUAAGUAGGUUAAAUGCACAAUGUGGUACUGUUUUAUAGUUUCUAGAUGGUUGUAUAAAGCAAAAAGUUAAUGUGGUUAUGUGUUUUUAAAAGAAAAUAAGUGAUUGGUUACAAAAUUCUGUCCUUUUUUUCAUUAUUACAAGCGCUCUGUUUUCCAACAGUUUGCCGACUCCUUUGUCACUGGUAAAUGGUUUGUGUCACUGUGUUUUUCUCUCUGGAUUUCUUGGAUUCUUGAACAUGGUUCCCCUGAUGAUUAACUUGUGUAUGGGUUUAAGACAAUACAAUGGUGAAAUUUUUUAAACUAUUUUACUAAAUUAAAAAAUAAUCUUAAA